AUGACAGAACGUUAUCUAUACGGGCAACCCAACAAGCUAAAGGCUGACGCUCCAACUACCGCGAAUGGUGCGUCAAAACGCGAACUAAGAUCAACCAGCACAAGCUGGGCAAGUAAGUACCUGCAGCCGCACCGCGGCCCGGACAGCAAGUACAAGCCAGACACGGACGAGGUGGACGACCUCGUGGCGCUGUCGUACAUCCAGCUGUCCGUCCACAACGACCAUCUGAAAUACAUCCAACACGUAGACACGACGUGCGACACGUGGAACGCGCUCAAGACCAUCUAUGAGAACACGUCAGAAGUCAGCCUGGUGACGUUACAAAUGAAGAUGUACAAGCUCAACAGGAGCGAACGGAUCGGCCUCGAGUCCUUUCCCGGCCAAUUCCAAGAACUCACACGCAAGAUGACCGCCGCUGUGACGGCACCCCUGAACGGUCGCACGGCACCCGGUUUCUUUGUCUGCCGCCGCCACGCUUCGCAAACACCGUGA